AUGCGCACCUCAACCCUGCUCCCCAUCUUCGCCAGCCUCGCUGCCGCCGCACCCGCCGCAAACCCCCAACUGACGACGCGAGACGCGCCGUCGCCCCCGCCGCGCAUCGUAUCAGUAUCCUACUCGGGCAGCGGAUGUCCGUCGGCGUCGCCGGCGGUGGACCGCACGGGCGGCUUCGACGACAUAUCGCUGCGGCUGAACUCGUUCGAGGCGCGCACCACGUCCGCGGCCGACUCCUCCGUCAACUGCCAGGCCCACCUGUCGAUCGCCGGGUCCGCGGCCGGCUGGCAGGUCGGCGUCAAGGACGUCUACGUCAAGGGCCACUUGGUGCUCGACCCCGGCGCGUCGCUGGAUUACUACGUUACGAGCUUUUGGAGCGAGGAUGCUGAUAAGACUGCCACCAUCAAGGGCUCCCUAGCCAACAGCGGCACCGGCCGCGUAAACCAAGACGUCACGGCGCACAGCACCGUUCCCGACAACCAGGUCGUGUACUCGCCCUGCACGAGCUCCAAGGGCAACGUCGGCCUGCUCAACGUCAACUUCCGCGUUGCUCUCCAGGCCGACGGCGCGCAGUACGGCUACUUCGGCAAGGACCCUGAUACUACUGCCUCUGAGAGCUGGAGCUACGUCUGGCGCCGGUGUUAG